AUGCCCACCAAUGAAGAACCACUCAAGAAACGGAUUGGCCGCAAACUGUCUAAGAAACCGAAACGGCUACAUCGCCUCCCUUCGAGUCAUGUUCCUGAACGUUUCAAAUAUGGCGAAGAUGCAAAUGAAGACGUUACAGCUCCAGCCAGAGCAGGCGCCAGCGCUCCUCAGUACAUGAAUCAGUCCAUUUUUUCCAUGAUCGCAGCCGCUGGAUCUCGCACAGAUUUCAAUGCUCGCUUCGACGACUCGAGUGAUAGCGCCGAGGAAGAUGAGCUGGGCAUGGAAGAGUCAGCAGGCGGGGUUUCGUCACAAUCGAGUGCUGCGCGACUGUCCGAGACCUCCACCACACAUCCUUCUAAUCUAGACAUUUCUCCACGGAAGCUCAGUAACGAAGAGAAGGUCCACAAGCGGAAACCAUCGGAGCAAAGGUUGUUAAAGUCACUGCCAAGGCUCUCGUUGCGCCCGAGGAAGGAAAAGCACUCAGGAACACAGCAGCAAGCAAAUAUUGGUGACGAACACUCUCUCGACUACAGUGAUAAGGCCAACUACCUUACGCCACGCGAUGCGCCAAUGAUGAGCAGAAUGCUAGAAGCUCAAGCAGAACUCAGCGCGAGUGAUUUGGGGACCGAAGCCACGAUGCGCUCUGACAAAGUCGAGAAAGGUCGCGGCCAAGCCGGCUCGUCGCCAGCCACACUGCUUGCAACGCGUCUGAUGGAGAUAUUCGGCUUCGAAGAACCGGAGGAUGUGAUAUCAGAAUAUCCUUGCUGGCUUCUUCAGACUGUUCUGCUGCAAGGUUAUCUAUACAUAACUCGCAAGCACAUCUGCUUCUAUGCCUAUUUACCAAAGAAGUCUGCCUCUGUAGCCAAAACAGGGUAUCUUGCGAAGAGAGGCAGGCAGAAUCGAGCCUUUACCCGCUACUGGUUUACACUGAAAGGGGACGUACUCUCAUACUAUUCCAAUCCAGCGGACCUCUUCUUCCCUGCCGGGAAUAUAGACUUACGAUACGGCAUAUCCGCCUUUCUGUGUGAAGACAAAGACAAGCAGAAAACCUGUAAAGAUUUUUCGCUGACAACUGAUCAUCGAACCUACCAGUUCAGGGCUGACAGCCAUACCAGUGCCAAGGAGUGGGUGAAGAAUCUUCAAAAAGUUAUCUUCAGGUCCCACAAUGAUGGUGACAGCGUGAAGAUCUCUUUACCCAUUGAGAAUGUGAUUGACAUUGAAGAAAGCCCUGUUAUUGACUUUGCAGAGACCCUCAAGGUCCGUGUUGUUGAGAGUGGGGAUACGUACGCCAUUGACGAGUACUUCUUUUCCUUCUUCAGCUUUGGCAAAGAUGCACUCGAUGUUUUGAGUAGUCUGGUAGACCACGCCGCCACCCACAACCGGGAGGCAUCAUCCCCAGGAAGUCAUGGGCAACACGAGUCCCGCACAGCUUCUCCUGAGCCUCGAGGAUCUCUUGAUAUUCGUUCAAGCAACACACGGUUUCGUUCGGCCACGCCACUUCGUGACAGCGUGAAAGCAACUUUUUUGCCACCUCCAACCCCCAACAGUGGUAGGACUUCUCCCCGGCUGAGUCUUGAUGCUGGCAGGUCAGAUAAAGAGCUGAAGCGGCCAAGUAUUGAUCUCUUUCGACAAGAAUAUGGCAGGGCCAGCUUUGACCGUGGAAGGAGACCUGGCAGCCAGGCAACAACUGGACGGCCAUCUGUGGAGUCGUUGACGUCCCAGCCUCCAGGUGGUUCAGACUCGUUCGUACAAUCUAUGGACAGAGAUACAGCAUCCACGCCCAUAAUCCAUUCACCAACCACCCCCACUCUGGAAUCUGCCAGUCAAAUAUUGAAUAGAAGUGACGUAUUCCUCUCUCCGACCAUCAGUCGCCUGCAAGACUCUCAUGUGAGGUCCAGCGAAGACAUUCGUCAAACCUCCGAGAGUGAUGAGAGAUUUGCAUCAGUGGCCGCUAAUAUACGCCAGCCAUCGCCGUCAAGGACCUCUCACGCCAAACCUGCUCCGCACCGUGCUUUGCUGCAGAAUGAUCCACUUACGUCGGAUACUAUCUCUAGAGAUGGUCUGCAGCACAAAACGUCCUCACCAAACCUGCAAGAUAUCAUGAAAGCUGGAUCUUACCCACUCCAGAGGGCAGCCGGAUUUGCCGGCUAUUUGAAAAGUUCGUCAACAAGAAUGAGCAAGUUGUUGGCGACUGAAUCCAUGGGUUACUUGGAAAAGGUUUCUGGAAUGUGGGCGGGUGGAAGGAGACAUUACGGUGAGCAUGAGGGCAUUAUGCCCGAAGACCGUCUUGUCGACCCAGAAGACGAGGAGGCUGCAUCGGGAUAUGGUGAUCGAUUUCGGGCGCACUUCGCUCUACCAGCCUCUGAAAAGCUCCGUGCCACCUAUUUCGCCUACCUUCAUCGAGUACUACCUCUGUACGGCAAAGUUUAUAUAAGUGAUCGUAAGUUUUGUUUUCGAAGCUUGUUGCCAGGUACGAAGACGAAGAUGAUCCUUCCGCUCAAAGAUAUUGAGAAUGUCGAGAAAGAGAAAGGAUUUCGAUUUGGCUAUCACGGUCUUGUUCUGGUCAUACGAGGCCAUGAAGAGCUCUUCUUUGAAUUCAAUUCUUCAGAACACCGAGACGACUGCACCGUGACGCUUCUACAAAACCUGGAAUCCAUCAAGUACCUUGUGGAAUCUGGUCUUUUGGCACAAGAGGAUCAUGACGAAGCACAGGUUGCGAAAACAGAGCAUCAAAUGCUACAAGAAGCUCGCCAAGAAGGACAUGCUGGACAUGAGAUGAAACUACCCGGCGACGACCCUAAAGAUGCUGGUACUGAGGAAGUACCACCAAUCCUGUUCGAUGACCCUAGAGCUUCUAUCAUCAAUUUCACGCCGACAAAAUCGUUGAGCAUUACUUGCCUUACCAUAGGAUCUCGUGGAGAUGUGCAACCAUACAUUGCGCUAUGCAAAGGGCUUCUUGCGGAAGGUCACAAACCGCGGAUAGCAACUCACGCCGAAUUCGAGCCUUGGGUCCGCAAGCACGGUAUUGACUUCAGUCCGGUCGAUGGUGAUCCGGCGGAGCUCAUGCGCAUCUGCAUUGAAAAUGGCAUGUUUACAUAUUCUUUCCUGAGAGAAGCAUCGCUCAAAUUUCGUUCUUGGAUCGACGACCUUUUGUCCUCUGCCUGGAAAGCUUGCCAAGGCUCAGAUAUCUUGAUUGAGUCGCCUAGCGCAAUGGCUGGAAUUCACAUUGCAGAAGCUUUGCGUAUCCCGUAUUUUCGAGCAUUUACCAUGCCUUGGACGCGGACUCGAGCGUAUCCUCAUGCCUUCGCUGUGCCUGAACAUAAGAUUGGCGGGGCGUACAAUUACUUCUCCUACGUCAUGUUCGACAACGUAUUCUGGAAAGCCAUUGCAGGGCAAGUCAAUCGCUGGCGAAAGAAGGAGCUGGGUCUUCGAAGCACAAACCUGGACAAGAUGCAGCCGAACAAAGUACCCUUUCUGUACAACUUUUCCCCACAUGUGGUUGUGCCACCUCUGGAUUACAGUGAUUGGGUAAGAGUCACUGGUUAUUGGUUCCUCGAUGAAGCCUCUGGUUGGGCGCCACCGCUAGAAUUGGUUGAAUUUAUCAAUAAAGCCCAUGCUGAUGGCAAGAAGCUUGUUUAUAUUGGAUUUGGUUCAAUCGUCGUCUCUGAUCCUGCCGCGUUGACCAAGACCGUCGUGGACUCUGUAUUGAAAGCAGAUGUUCGCUGCAUUCUCUCGAAAGGCUGGUCAGAUCGACUUGGCGAUCCUGCUGCGGUCAAGACUGAAGUUCCUCUCCCCCCGGAACUGCAUCAAAUUAGAUCAGCCCCUCACGAUUGGCUUUUCCCGCAAAUCGAUGCUGCUGUACAUCAUGGAGGAGCCGGCACCACUGGUGCUAGUUUGCGUGCAGGGGUGCCUACGAUCAUCAAGCCUUUCUUUGGGGACCAGUUCUUCUUUGGAUCCCGAGUUGAGGACUUGGGCGUUGGUAUCUGCCUUAAGAAGGUCAACGUUUCAGUGUUCUCGCGAGCACUAUGGGAAGCAGUCCACUCUGAACGAAUGAUCAUCAAGGCAAGGGUUCUGGGGCAGCAGAUUCGAAAGGAGAAUGGUGUGCAAAAUGCCAUACAAGCCAUUUACCGAGAUCUCGAAUAUGCUAAGACAUUGAUCAACGCACGGACGGUCGGGUCAAAGGAUGCACGGAGCGGGGCGGUCCAUAAUGAUGAUCCUGCAGUUGAUAUAGAGGAGAGCUGGACAUUCAUUGGCGAUGAAAGCGAUCCUGAAAUCCAGAAGAGGAUACGUGAUAGGGACAUUUCGACUUAUAAGGAGCCGAGAGCUAGCGUCGAUCGGUCGAGGCCCAAAGCUAUAGAGGCACUGAAGCCGUCAAUCGCUGGGAAAGGAAGUCCUGAAUGA